AUGCUGGCCAGAAGGAGAACAGAGAUCCAGAGAUCCAGCCAUGGAGGGACUCAGGCAGCUCCUUCACCUGCCUUCUUGGUAUGCAUCCACAACGCGGCCAGGAGGAGAACAGAGCUCCAGAUCCGGCCAUGGAGGGACUCGGGCAGUUUAUUCACCCACCCUCUUGUGUGUACUUUCAUUAAUGAAGCCUGCCUUCAGCAAAGGAACACCAGUGUGCACAAGGAUGGAGAUGUGGUGAUUGGAGGCUUUUUCUCACUGUAUUUCUAUAUGUACUACACUGGUGUCACUGAAAUAACACCUACCCAGAACUUCUAUAUCAAGCCGCUUAUGCCCAACAACUACCAGUCCUACCUGGCCUUCACUUUUGCCAUAGAGGAGAUCAACAGGAAUCCUCAGCUUUUACCCAACAUUUCUCUGGGCUAUGAGUUCCAUAAUUUCCUUUAUAGUCAUUGGAAGAUACUAGAGAAUUCCUUCAUCUUGCUCACUGGACAAUAUAAGAUUCCUAAUUACACAUGUAGGAGAGAAAGCAAGUGUGCAGCAGUAUUGAUGGAAAUGUCAUGGGGAACCUCAGCAGAGAUUGGACCACUGCUAGAACUCUACAGGUUUCCACAGGUUACCUUUGGAGAUUAUGAUCCUACACUGACUGACAGGGGCCAGUAUCAUUCUCUCCAUCAGGUGGCCCCAAAGGACACGUACUUGGCCCUUGGCAUAGUGACCUUGAUGUUUCACUUCCACUGGACCUGGGUGGGCCUGAUCAUCACAGCAGACCAUAAGGGUCUUCAGUUUCUCUCGGAUGUGCGAGCUGAGAUAGACAGGCAUGGAAUCUGUGUAGCUUUUGUGAAAAUGGUCUCAACUGUGACUGUGUCAUAUCUCUCAGUCAUACAGAAACAUGAUAUUUUUACUGCAGAUACAUCAUCAGUCAAUGUAGUGGUUAUUUACUAUGAUAAUGAUAAUCGAAAUGAUUUACACUACAACAUAGUACAAAGCUCAGUGACUUGGAAAGUCUGGGUGACAAACUCACAAUGGCAUGCCGACCUGAGUGGGAGGAAUUUUGUACUUGACACAUUCCAUGGGGUUCUUGGUUUUUCACACCACCAUGAAGAGAUUUCAGGUUUCAAAAAUUUUGUCAAGGAAGCCACUCCUUUCAAAUAUCCAGAAGACUCUUAUCUCUUUAUGUAUUGGUACAAGAAUUUCCACUGCUCCUUCUCUGAACCUGACUGUGCAUUAGAGAACUGUACACUUAAUGCCUCUGUGGCUUGGUUGCCUCCAAAUAGUUUUGACACAGCCAUGAGUGAUGGGAGCUACAAUAUAUACAAUGGUGUGUAUGCUGUUGCCCAUGCCCUCCAUGCGAUGCUUUUUGAAGAUGUACAAAGGCCACCAGUGAAAAAUAGAAAUGUGAUGAUGUUUCCCCACUGGGAGCUGCAUCCCUUUCUGAAAAACAUCCAAUUUAGCAAUCCUUCUGGAGAGCAAGUGAUCUUGAAUGAUAGAAGAAAACUGGAUUCAGAAUACGAUAUUCUCAAUUUUUGGAAUUUUCCAGAAGGCCUCAGACUUAAGGUUAAAGUAGGAACAUUUUCUCCACUUGCACCAAAUGGUCAAAAAAUGACUUUAUCUGAGAAUAUGAUAGAGUGGACCACAGGAAUUACAGAGACUCCCCGCUCAGUGUGCAGUGAGAGUUGCAUUCCUGGAUUUAGAAAAAGCCCUCAGGAGGGAAAGGCUCCCUGUUGUUUUGAUUGCACCCCUUGUGCAGGCAACGAGAUCACCAAUGACACAGAUAUGGAACAAUGUAUAAAGUGUCCAGAACAUCACUAUGCCAAUGCUCAGCAAAAUCAUUGUCUUCAAAAAUCUGUAACAUUUCUGGCUUAUGAAGAUCCUGUAGGAAAAGCUCUGGCUGGCACUGCCCUGAUUCUCACUGUACUCACAGCUGCUGUCCUUGGGAUUUUUGUGAAGCACCAAGACACUCCCAUUGUCAAGGCCAACAACCAGGCUCUCAGCUACACGCUGCUCAUCUCCCUCAUCUUCUGUUUCCUCUGCUCCUUGCUCUUCAUUGGCCAUCCCAACACAGCCACCUGCAUCCUCCAGCAGACCACAUUUGGAGUUGUGUUCACUGUGGCUGUUUCCACUGUCUUGGCUAAAACAAUUACUGUGAUGCUAGCCUUUAAAGUCACUACUCCAGGGAGAAGGAUGAGGCAGUUCCUGGUAUCAGGGGCACCUAACUACAUCAUCCCCAUCUGCACCCUGAUCCAAUUCACUCUCUGUGCAGUCUGGAUGGGGACAAAUCCACCCUAUGUUGACACAGAUGCACACUCUGAACAUGGUCAUGUCAUCAUCAUGUGUAAUAAGGGCUCCCUCACUGCAUUCUACUGUGUCCUGGGAUACUUAAGCUCCCUGGCCCUGGUCAGCUUCACUGUGGCUUUUUUGGUGAGGAAUCUGCCUGACACAUUCAAUGAAGCCAAGUUCCUGACAUUCAGCAUGCUGGUGUUCUGUAGUGUGUGGGUCACCUUCUUUCCUGUAUACCACAGCCGCAGGGGGAAGGUGAUGGUGGCCAUGGAAGUCUUCUCCAUCUUGGCCUCCAGUGCAGGGCUGCUGGGCUGCAUCUUUGUUCCUAAGUGCUACAUUAUUUUGUUAAGGCCAGAGAAAAAUUCUCUGACUGAGAUCAGGGGCAGAACACAUUUUGUGAGAAAGAAAUAA